AGAGAGAGAGAGAGAGAGAGAGAGAGAGAGAGAGAGAGAGAGGGGUAACAAGACCGGGAAGCAGGAGUUGUUUUGGGUGUCUUUUUUUUUUUUUUCUACCCUGGCCAAACUUGAAGAAGACGUGUUUUCCAGGCGGUGUUAUAUGCUCAUCAGUGCUGAAGUGCUGCGUUUCAGGUGAUAUUGAGCAGAGGUGCUGAGAAUGAUGGACCAUCUCAGCGAGGCGUGUAUGGGCAAGGAGAACUCUGACCUGGUCAACAGCAUGGCAGAGGCCAAGGCCCCGCCGGCCAAGCUGCCCCGGCUGGAGCAGAACGGCAGCCCCCUGGGCCGGGCCAGGCUGGGCAGCACCGGGGCCAAACUAGCCGGGGUCCCGUACAAACCCACCGGCCACCUGCUGAAGACCUGUCACAAGAGAGGCAACAUGCUGCCUGUGUUCUGUGUGGUCGAGCACUACGAGAAUCCCAUGGAUUUCGACAGCAAGGAGGAGCACGCCGAGUUUGUCCUGGUGCGUAAGGACAUGCUCUUCAACCAGCUCAUCGAGAUGGCCCUGCUGUCGCUGGGCUACUCCCACAGCUCAGCGGCCCAGGCCAAAGGUAUGAUUCAGGUGGGGAAGUGGAACCCUGUCCCUCUGUCAUACGUGACGGACGCACCGGACGCUACAGUGGCUGACAUGCUGCAGGACGUCUACCACGUGGUCACGCUUAAGAUCCAGCUGCACAGUUGUCCUAAGCUGGAGGACCUUCCGCCCGAGCAAUGGAGCCACUCUACAGUAAGAAACGCCCUCAAGGAGUUACUCAAAGACAUGAAUCAGAGCUCUCUGGCUAAAGAAUGUCCCUUAUCACAGAGUAUGAUUUCCUCCAUUGUGAACAGCACUUACUAUGCAAAUGUGUCGGCGGCGAAGUGUCAGGAAUUUGGGCGCUGGUAUAAACAUUUCAAGAAGACACCAGUCGGCAUACGCCAACCCUCCCAGCUGGAGGGCUACCUGGGGACGUGUGUCCUCCGUGAGAGCCCCCGUGCCAAUGCACUAGCAGAGAUGGAUGGCCUGUCCGACCUCUCUCCACCCGGCUCUAAUCACAGCCACAGCCACAGCCACAACCACAACCACAACCACCUGGGCUUCUCCCAGCAGCAGCAGCCUAUUCCCGGCAGCACAGCCGAGCAGACUCCUUCCUCGCCGGUGCCACCGCUGCCCCACGCUCCACCGACGCACGGUGGCCAGACCGGUGGCCGGCAGCCCCAGCUUCCCAGCCUGCACCACCCGGGCCUGGUGUCCACGCCCAUCAGCCCCCAGCUGGUCAACCAGCAGCUUGUGAUGGCACAGAUCCUCAACCAGCAGUACGCAGUGAACCGGCUGCUGGCGCAGCAGUCCCUGUCCCAGCAGUACCUCAACCACCCACCUGUCAACCGCAACUCCCACUCCAAGCCCAUGGAGCCACAGGUGGCAUCAAACACAGAGGUGUCCGUCGAGAUUUACCAGUGGGUGAGGGACGAGCUGAAGCGGGCGGGCAUCUCCCAGGCAGUCUUCGCCCGCGUGGCCUUCAACAGAACCCAGGGCCUGCUGUCCGAGAUUUUACGCAAGGAGGAAGACCCGAAAACAGCGUCCCAGUCGCUGCUGGUCAACCUCCGCGCCAUGCAGAACUUCCUGCAGCUGCCGGAAGCUGAGCGCGAUCGCAUCUAUCAGGAUGAGAGGGAGCGCAGCCUCACGGCAGCAUCGGCCAUGGGCGCCCCCCCACUCAUCAGCACUCCACCCAGCCGACCUGUACAGCCGCGGAGGGAAGACUGUAACAGCGUAAGGCCCGAGGACUGGAACCCCCGAACCCCCGUGGGCAUUUCCCCUGAUUUUCAUCAUUUCCGUUGCCCUUACUCUUUUGACCAGGUAAAACCGUCGCCUCUGCCCAGCGAGUGGAACGGCAAAACAGAGAGCUGCAUCCUCAACAUCAACUCCACCAUCUACGACGAGAUCCAGCAGGAGAUGAAGAGGGCCAAAGUUUCCCAAGCCCUGUUCGCAAAGGUGGCCGCCUCCAAGAGCCAGGGUUGGCUCUGUGAGCUGCUGCGUUGGAAGGAGGAUCCCUCUCCGGAGAACCGGACGCUCUGGGAGAACCUCUCCAUGAUCCGCCGCUUCCUGAGCCUCUGCCAGGUCGAACGCGACGCCAUCUACGAGCAGGAGAGCAGCGCCGGGCAGCAGCAACACCACAACGAGCGGCCCAUGCACUUGAUGCACAUCUCCACUGAGCAGCCACAGGCUCAGCCACCCCAUCCACAACAGCAGCACCCGCCCUCCCUGUCCCUCCAGCACCCCUCCCAACCCCUUUUGUCCCAGCAGCCCUUGCAGCAACUGCAGCCCUGCACCGGCCCCCGGUUGCCGCCUCGCCAGCCCUCCACCGCUUCCCCGGCCGAGACGGAGGACGAGGGCAGCCGUGGAGGGAGCAUCAAGUCCCGCACCUGCGGAGGGAAGAUCUCCCUGGAGGCUCUGGGCAUCCUGCAGAGCUUCAUCCAGGACGUAGGCCUGUACCCCGACGAGGAGGCCAUCCACACGCUGUCGGCCCAGCUGGACCUGCCCAAGCUCACCAUCAUCAAGUUCUUCCAGAGCCAACGCUUUUACAUCAAUCACCCAGCCAAGGCGCCCAAGGAGCCCAGUAACAACAACAACAACAACAACAACAACAGCAGCAGCACCGCGGCCACCACCAACACCAACACCAGCAGCAGCGGGGGCAGCAGCAGCAGCAGCCCAGCCUUCGAGGAGGAGCUAACGGACUUCAGGGAGAGCGCAGAGCUCCUGAAGGAGCUGGACGACAGCACGCAGACCAACAGCACCAUCUUCUCCAUCAAGAUGGAAGAGCAGCUGGCCCGAGGCGCAGAGGCCCAGUCCGAGUCUGAGCACGAGGCCAAGGAGUAGGACUCCGCCCCC